AUGGCGAUCCUCUCGCUGGGGCCGAACAAGGUCGAGGUUCGCAUUCGAAGACACCCGCAGAACACAUCCUUCGACGAGUAUGUCAAGGUCGGAGACCGGGAGAAAACUGAUGCUACCUCUUGCGACCGAUACAUCAUCCCUGAACCUGGUCAGAUCUACACCAUCGAAGUUACAUUGAAGAGAGGCUACAAUUUUGGAAAGGCAGACUGCGUGAGUGCUUCUCUUUGCCUUCUUGGCGUGGCAAAACCUAUCUCGGCGCUGCAGAUUCGUCCCCCCAAUGACUACGAAAACUUCACAAAAGAGGACCUCAAGGUCCAUCUUACUUAUGUUAAACGAGUCAGAGUGGAUGGACAUAGUAUCUCUGGGGCGCGCUUAGUGUUUGGAGAAGUUUCGAUUGAUGCAGACCUGCAAAAUGAAACCAAUGUUAUGGGUAUUGAUCCAAAAAAUCUUGGUAGUCUUUGCAUUGAAGUCAAGAAGGAGAAAUAUGACUUGGUCCCCAUGACGCCCGGUGAACACGCAAAAAUGAUUAAGCAAGACAGCAAAGAGAUAUGUUGCUCUUGUGAAUAA